AUGCAUACUAGCAGUAACUUCUGUUUCUGCUUGGUUGAUGGAGUUCCAAGCACUAGUAGUGUGAGAUCAUGCAUCAAGGAAGAGAGAAGUGCGCUUCUCAGUUUUAAACAGGAUCUCAAGGAUCCCUCUGGAAGGCUUUCUUCUUGGGUGAGUCUCGAUUGCUGUCAAUGGGAAGGGAUUUCAUACACCAACCACACCGGUCAAGUGGCCAAGCUGAACCUCCGGAAUCCAUAUCCAUAUUUGAUAUAUGAAUAUGAUGAUUUGAUGAAUGAAGAUCUUGCGUGGGAUCAGUUGGCUUAUAACCAGUCUUGCUUGGGGGGUAAGAUAAAUCCUUCUUUGCUUAGCUUGAAAUAUUUAAAUUAUCUGGAUCUAAGCUACAAUGAUUUUGAUGGGAUUCACAUCCCUAAGUUCUUUGGGGAGCUUAAAAGUCUGAGGUAUCUCAAUAUAUCGUCUGCAUCAUUUUCAGGAGAGAUUCCCCCUUCUAUUGGUAACUUAUCAAACUUGAAGACAAUGGUGGCUGCAUAG